CCGAGCCGGAAGCGCGGAGCCGGAACUUUGUCUUCUUCACUUCCUCCAGCGCCGGGGAGCGUAGGUGGCCGGUGAGGCUGUGGUGAGCUUGGGGGCGGGCGCUCCCGCGGAGCACUCCCUAAAAUCUGGGCUACCUGACCACUAUGGCAUCAAGAAAUCUCUGGUAUGUGAGAAGUAACUUUCUGUUUGGUUCAAGAUGUUGGAUGAUUCGAUAUUCAGCAGAAAUCUUCCUCAAGUCAGUUUCAUUGAGGCCUUUCAGUGUGAAAUGUGCCAAUGCAGAAAAUGAGGACCUGCUGAACAACCUACUCACUAUGGGAGUUGAUAUUAGCAAGGCAAGGAAGCGGCAGCCUGGAGUUUUUAGAAGAAUGGUCACAAAUGAGCAAGAUUUGAAGAUGUUUCUUCUGUCCAAAGGAGCUAGUGAGGAAAUGAUUGCUAGCAUCAUAUCCAGAUACCCACGAUCCAUAACACGUACUUCUGAGAAUCUUUCAAAGAGGUGGGAUCUGUGGAGAAUGAUUAUGACAUCAGACCUUGAAAUUGUAAAUAUUUUGCAGCGUUCUCCUGAGUCCUUUUUCCGAUCUAAUAACAACCUAAACUUGGAGAAUAAUAUAAAGUUCCUCUACACAGUUGGAUUGACUCGUAAGUGUCUUUGUCGAUUGUUGACCAGUGCCCCUCGUACCUUCUCCAAUAGUCUUGAUUUGAAUAAACAGAUGGUUGAAUUUUUACAGGAAGUAUGUUUGUCCUUGGGUCACAAUGAUCCCACAGAUUUUGUCAAAAAGGUAAUUUCUAAAAAUCCUUUCAUCUUAAUUCAGAGCAUCAAACGAGUAAAAACUAACAUUGAAUUUUUACAGUCAACUUUCAACUUGAACAAGGGGGAACUGCUGCUUCUGAUAUGUGGUCCAGGAGCUGGAAUCCUAGACCUUUCCAAUGACUAUGCCCAAAAAAACUACACAAAUAUCAAAGAGAAGCUGUUGUCUCUUGGAUGUACUGAUGAAGAGGUACAGAAAUUUGUCUUAAGCUAUCCAGAUAUGAUCUACUUAGCAGAGAAAAAGUUCAAUGAUAAAAUAGACAACCUCAUACAAGAGAACAUUCAUGUUUCACAAAUACUUGAAAAUCCUAGGAUUCUGGACUCAAGCCUAAGUACUUUAAAGACUCGAAUCAAAGAAUUGGUAGUUGCUGGGUAUGACUUGAGUUCAUCAAACAUUGCUCUUUUAUCCUGGAGUCAAAAACGAUAUAAAACUAAAAUGAAAAAAUUAUAUGGGUAGAAUUUUAAAAGUCUUCUAGUGAUACUUAAUUUUGAACUUGGGUGGGGAGUUGACUCAGCAGUUAAAGAACACUUGCUGUGCAAGUGUAAGGACCUGAAAGGGCCUACUUGCCCUGUGUUUGAGUCCCCAAAACCUAUAUAAACAGCUGGAUGUGACCACUCAGUCUUGUAAGAAGCUGAGACUGGAGAAUUGUUGGAGCUGUCUGGUUAGCCAGUCUGACUGGGAAAUGGCAGACCAGGUUGUGUGAGAAACUUGUGUAAAGGAAACAAUACAAAAGGUGAUAGAGGAGGACACCUAAUGUUCUUCUCUGACCUUCGUAUCCCAUACACAUGGGGCACAUGCAUCUAUGCACACGUGCAUAUACUGCACAUUACAAACACAUAAAGUUCUGUGAAGUAAAGAUAAUAAUAAACGAGUUUUUUUUUUUUUUUUAAAGAACAUACUUUGUAUGGAUGCAUUAUGUGUUGGUCCACCUUUUCCCUCUUGCCUGCCCCCAUUCCAUUGUGGGCCCUCCUCAGUGGGGUUGCUGGUAUUCCCUAUGGGGUGUGGGUUAUGCAUUGUGAGAGCAGCAGUCAGAUACCUGGGGAGCACAAUGCCUUUAGGUGUGCCAUCCCAACCUGUGGCUUUUACAAUCUUUCUACCCCCUCUUCUGCAAAAUUCUUUGAGCCGUGGUGGGUGGGUUUUAAGUCUACUUCAAUGAUAAGCUCUCAGGAGCCUCUGGACUUCUGCUUUGGUAAGUGUUGAGUAUCCUCAGCAUCUGUCUCCUUCACCCUAGUGCUGAUUUUCAGGUUCACCAUGGAAACAGCACUCCUGCUCAUCUCCCCAGUUCCUCUCUGGUUUCACCUAGGCCUAGGCUAAAGUGUGAGGGUGGUUUGUCUCCUCAGGUCUUGCUACCUUCUUAAAAAGAAAAUCAGAUUCUCCAAUGGAGAAUGAAGUCAACAUAGGUUAAAUGGGAUAAGCAUUGUUAAUUUAGGGAGAUUUUGAUGGAUGUAGUCCCUGUUUUAGCCAGAUACUAGUGGGGGCUUGUUGGAGAACAUAAUAUUUAUCUCCAUAGGAUUCUGACCUGGUUCCCAGUUCCAGCUAUGGGUUCCUUUCCAUUAAGCAGGUCUUUUAGCCAAUCAGAAAGCCAUUGGUUACCCACCAUGGCUUUGUGCCACCAUUGCACU